AUGGGUGUGUUACCUAAUCGAGCUUCAUUUGCUUUUAUUCUUCCAAUUAUUUACAUUGUUUUUUCUCUAGGAUAUAUUGUAUUCUUCUUCUACAUGUUACCCUUCUACCGAAGAAUGGAGAACUCUAUAUAUGUUGGAUUUCAUUUUGCUAGGUUAGGAUCUGCUAUUGGUUAUUUAAUUUCUAGUAUUGUAAAUAACAUCUCAGGAGUAUCAGACACUGUGAAAUUAGGCAUGUUGGGAGUUGUAUUGGGACUGGCUAUUAUAUUUGCAAUUUCUGCCUUUUUUGCAUGUGAAUUGUACUUGAGAUUGGCUUGUGCCUCCAUUAGACAAAUUUUAACUGAAAGUGAGCUCUCCAAAGAUGAAAAAACUGGAGGAGGAAGUGUAGCUGUCAAUAUUGAACGAGAUGCAACAUUCCUCUAUCAAAUUAUAGAAUCUCAAGGCAAACUAAGACAAUUGAAAUUAUUCUUCCGUUUCUGCAAGUCUUACAAGAAGAUGGUUGGUGAUGAUAUAUACACUGAUCUGGACUCAUGUCUCAGAUUAAUUAAGGGGUUAUUUUCUCAGAGAACCACCAGUAAGAUGCCUUUUGGUGUUUUACUUUCCUCUGCUGUUAUUGUUGCCUAUUUUAAUCCAAUUAUUGUAUUGAGUAUUUCAGUUUCAACAACAAUGCUAAAGAGAGCUCAAAAACAAGUGCACAACAUUAUUGGAAGAUAUCUUGUCUUGGAGAAGACUAAAGAUUUUGAGUUCCUCUAUGGUAAGGAUGCAUCUGGUAAAAACAUUAUGGAAAUUAAGAAUUUGAUUUCCAAAUUAGAAAGGAAGCAAUUAAUUAUUCAUUAUUUACACAAGGCCUUUUGGAAAGAAUUUAUUCAAAACGAUCAGAUUGAUGUUGGUAAGGUGGAGAGUAUUAAUAGACAAAUUACCUCCCUCACUUUAUCUUGUAACAGUUCGUACGAGGCUCUCUCACAAAGUUAUCCAAGUGACAAGACUAUAAUCAGAUCUCAUGCAAGAUUUGUUGAAGAAUGUUUAUUUCAACCUGAAAGUGCUAAUGAAAUGUUCCAAGAAGCUCAGCAAAUUGAAGAAGAAGAAACUGUUAAUGCAAGAAAGUUCUUACAAAAGAAUAGGACAAAUAAGAUUGUUCCAACCAUGUCCACUCUAAUAAUUGAUCAUUCAACUGAGCAAAUGAAACAAAAUCCAAUUAAUUCGUCAAUGGACCACGAUGACGAUAUUGAAAAUGAAAGAUUUGAUGGUGUUGAAAAUACAGAGUCAGCCACCAAAAAGGUAGACUUGCUAUUCAGAUCCUCCCUUGCCUAUUCUAUGAAAAAUCAAAUUCAACUUUCAUCAUUUAUUGUAUUUUCCAUUAUUUCAGUAAUCUUAUUAUUGUGUGGUAUGAUUUUGAGCAUUGUAAUCUCCUUAAAUGUUUCGGGAGAUAUUUAUUUAUCCAAAGAUAUAUGUAUGCCGGCUGCUGUACCACUUGGGUUAACAAGAAGAGUAAGAGAGAAACAAGCAAGAAUGACACUUCUCCCUUCUGAUAUGGAAUGGCAAGCUAAUCAUGUUUCAAAAUUGCAAAACUUUUUCAAAACUCUUCACACGUUACAAGAUUUGAGUAGCACUAAUGAGAUAUCUCCUGCAGUAAGAGCUGAUUAUGUAAAGAACACAAGAAAAUAUCGUCAACCAUUGUUGAUUUAUUCAGACACCAAUGUGAAUGUUUGGAAGAAUUAUUCAAUUGAUAGAAAUAUUUCUGUUGCAGAUAUUACAACUUCACUGAUCAAUAACUGUGAAGUGAUGAUUGAUUAUACUGAUGAACAAUACAAUCAUACUGCUGAUAGUAUGAAUUUCAUGUACCUAUACCUUAAUAGAAUUAACUUUAGUUUAGGAUAUGAAACAUUUUGUAAUGAAUUCUUGCUUAGAAAUCAAGAAAAGAGUACCAUGUACAGAGAUACCUUCCUUAUUUACUAUGCAUCUUCAACUGCCUUGUACGUAUUGUGUGCUCUUGUCAUGAUUCUAGCUACCAAUUAUUUCCUGUCCUCCCUAAAAGAUGCAAUCAAGUUGAUAGACAAACGUAUUCCAAAAGAUAAGAUAGGAAAGAUUUAUCAAACUUUGAAUACAAAGAUUAAUGACGACAUGCAAAUAGGAAAUUCCGGUUUGUUUGCUACGCUUACUAAACCAAAUAAUCUUAUUGCUAUAUUAGUUAUUUCUAUCAUAGUGGUUACAGUUGGAUGUGUUUCAUUAUUCUUUGUUGAGACUACCAUUAAUUCUCAAUUUUCUGCAAACGCCAUUCAAAAUAUUCAAGCCAGUGUGGUAAUUAUCAUGACUUCACAACGUAUUGGUUUGAGAUUACAGGAAAUUUUCAUUUAUGGUGUGAAGGAUAUAUCUAGCAGCUUGCCAUUAAAGAAAUCCACCUUAACUUCAGCCACUGAACUUCAAAAUUUCCAUGAAGACCACAAAAACUUGGUCACUCUUAUUAGAACUAAAUGGAAUGGUUUACUUUAUGGUACAGAAGAUAAUGACUAUCAAAAAUUGACAGGUGUUUAUCAAAAGAUUGAUAAUAUCAUUAAUGGUAUUGAUGAUCGUAAUCAAACAAGUUUGAUUAAUGGUACAUCUAGUUGUGAAAGUUUGUCUGAUCUCAUUACUUAUAUCCUUAACUCGGGCACUUUAUUCAAUGAAGACGUUUAUUACAAUCCAAACAAGUACACUGGUCCACAAGUAUUUGCAUGGUCUCAACAAUUGUUUUUCAAAAUAGAUCACUUGGGAGAAUCUCUUACUAAAUUUAUUGAAGCAUAUUCCAAUUAUGCAAAGAAUCCAUCCCUUGCCAUUACAAUUUCUUUCUUUAUAUUUGGUUUCAUAGCUCUGAUUGUUUUGAUUUAUAUCACCUAUACAUCAAUGAGAUCUUUCUGGGAUGAAUACAAACAGUUUAGAAUAAUGUUGAACUUUUUCCCAAGUGACUUGUUGGAUGAUGAGGUAUUGAAAAAGUUUAUUCUCCACAAGGAACUUCCAUCAAAAAUACAAAUCAAGAAGAAACAAACUUCAGCUGCAAGUGGAUCAGAAAUUAAUGACGUAAUGCACAGUUCUGUAGACGGAACAGUAAUGUGUAAUGAAAAGGGUGAAAUUUGCUUAUUCAAUCCUGUAGUGGAAAGUUUCUUCAGUCUCAAAAGUGGAGAUGUAGUAGGAUUGAAUGUUUUAACACUUUUUAGUGAACCUUAUCAUGGACCAAUCAGUAAAGUUAUGAACCACUUGAUUGACAAGUCUAUAACAAAGGGAGAAUCUCAUGAAGUGGAAUGUGUAAGAAAGAAUCAAUCCUAUUUCCCUGCAAGAGUUAACAUUUUUGCAAGCCAUGCCAAGAUUAUUUUCAUUAUUAGAGACAUUACUGCUGAAAAGAAACAAAACAUCCUUCUUGAAGAAGAGAAGAAAAAAUCCGAGUCCUUAUUGAGAAACAUCCUUCCAGAGGAGGUGGCCAAACGUUUAAAGUCAGGUGAAACAUUUAUUGCCGAUAAUUUUCCUGAUAUUACAUGUUUCUUUUCUGAUAUGGUAGGAUUUACAGCAAUUAGUUCCACAAUGACAGCCACUGAUCUCGUUAAAAUGUUGAAUACUAUUGUGAAUGGAUUUGAUGAUUUAACAGACUUCUAUAAAUUGGAAAAGAUCAAGACUAUUGGUGACUUGUGGGGAGACGCGAUUAACACCGCUUCUAGAAUGGAAAGUACAUCUGAAACUGGAAGAAUUCAAGUUAGUAGAUCAACUUAUGAAAGAGUAUACGAUUUGGGAUACUCAUUUGAGGAAAGAGAGCAAAAUGUUAAAGGAAAAGGAAUGAUGAAAUGUUAUUUAUUAGACAAGUCCCAUCAUGUUGAUCCAAUUGUAAGGGAUAACUUUACUACAACAGAUUUUUCUGAUGUCGACAGCAAGGAUGAUCAAAUUGUGUACAAGUAG